UCUUUGGUUCCAAAUAGCCUGCUCUAAAGUCUUUCAUUCUUUGUUUAGCGAGGGCAUUGGAAUGCCUACUUUACGCUAUUAUAUUACGCUAGGACACGAAGACUAGGUCUACCUGGAGCUCGGUAUAAUAGUCAUGUGUAUUACCUCUCAUGCUUAAUAUUUAUAACUAUUUCUUCCUGUAGAUAAGACUGCAAGUACGGUUAUGUAUACCCGUAACUACCAUUGAGUUAUCAUUACUAUGGAGAAGCCAUAACAAACAAUGAAAUUGUCACAAUCGCAACCUGUACCACGCGACCAAAACGUCGUAAGCGCCAGGCGCGGAUACAAGAUUUGGCUUAGGGGGGGGCAUUUUGAGAAAAUCAUAUAUUUUUGCACAGAAAAUAAAAUUUACUCAAUUUAGUAAUGUGAGAGCCAGGGUUUUAGGGGGGGGCCAUUGCCCCUAUGGCCCCCCCCUUGUAUCCGCGCCUGGUAAGCGCCGUAAAAUUCAUGGCACUUACGCGUUUAGGUCGCGAAAUUCAGGCUCCGCUUCCAUAAUUUGUUGUCAAAACUACAACUCAUGGCUCAAAAUACUGGUUCUCUGUGCCGGUUAUAUGCGUAGUAUUAUCAAUCAAGCUCGGGCUCCACUUAAGGAGAAGUCCACCUCCACCGAUGUGGAUAAGGAGGGAUUCACACUGGUGGAAAGGAAACGCAAGGCGAGCAGGGCGCCUCGUAAGACUCUGUGUGGCACUGCGGAGCCGGUUAAUUUUGGCCUAAGAGUCGCGACACCGAGUAAGGCGCUUUACGUGUCACGCCUACAUUACUCCGCCGUAGCCGACGAGGUGGUGGAGUACGUCCGUCGGAAGACUGGCUACACGCUGAGGGUGCACCAGCUUCAGUCGCAUCACUAUGUGCACUUCAGUUCAUUUGUAGUGCGCGUGCCGCGGCCGCUGCAGGACACCAUCGCAAGCGCGGACUUCUGGCCGAAGGGUGUGGUAUUUCGGCGGUUCCGGGGCAAUCUGCCGAAUCCUACACCGAGUCAGACGACGGUACGGAGCCACGCUGUUACGUCUUCGCCCAAAUCCAAUGUUUAGGUUGUAUUUUGUUAUUAUUUGUGUUUUCUUGUAUCUUUGUAUUUUUUAUAUGUUUUGUAGUUCGCAGUGCCUUAGUAGUAAUACUGUAAUGCUGUGUAACUAAUUUGAAUAAUAAUAAUAAAAUCAAUGAUAACUACUGACAGACAUUUUGAGGCUGGGCCCUUUAGCUUAACGGAGCUGGGCUCGCAGUCUUUGUGGUUUGUUUUUAAAACGACCGUAAGGUCUCUGUUGUGUCGCAUAGGCAAAAAUUACUCUACAUGCAUUCUCUUUGCCUGUCUGUAGCAAAGCCUUUGGUUUUGGUCUCUCAGGAAAGUAUCGACAUGAGAUGUGACGUGCCGGAUUUUUGGCCAUACGCAGAAUUACGGAAGGUGGAGGGAAGGAACAGAAUCUCCAUAUACCAAAAAGUGUCCGACAAAAAACCAUAAAUAGGUGGCGCUACAAUACCUAGAAUACUUGGGAAAAAAUCGAAUCAUAGACAGCGUACUUCACUCCUUCAAUAAUAACGCCUCGAUUACGGUUCUUAGCUCUACUCUAGCGCUACUCUGGAGAGAUUUGGAACUAUUAUUUAUAGCUGACAGCUGGACACUUUUGCAACAAUUCUGCCUAAGGAGUUUCUGUUCCUUGUCUCUACCUUCCAUACGCAGAAUCAUUGACGUUUUAGGAUAAAUAUGCUAAUUUAAUAACCGUUAAAUAAUAAAUCAUCACUAAUUUCACAAACAAGUUUAUGUUACACAAUGGAUAUAAAUCUACUUAUUACCUAGAUCUAUUUUUAUCUCUUUACCACAAAUAUGUUUCUGAUACUAGACCACCCCGAACUGCAUAUUAGAACUACAAUUAAGAUAAAUGAUAAUUUAUUUUCCUAACAAUUAACCCGUGGAAUCCCAGAACUAAAUAUGUCAACCAAAAAACGACCUUAAGGUUUUAAACUUAAAAUUGAAGUUUGAUUGUCGUUUCGGUCCCAUAUCGCGUCCGCGGGACUUAAAUGGUUAAUACACAAUUUUUAUUAAUAUUGCCCAAUUCUUAUUUACUAUCACAUCAUUUUUAUUGUUAUUAUUAAAAGCUCACUCCUGUCCCACUGCUGGGCAAAGGCCUGUCCCCUAGAUUUUCACCACAUCAUCACAUGGACAUCAUUUUUAAGAUGGGAAAUAGCAUUCAAACUUGCAUAAUGAUUUCAAUUUUAACGAUAGAUGAAGUACGGUACUUACGCAUUACGACCGAUAAUUAAUACCAUUAUUAAAAUAAUGUAAACAUAAACACGUGACUAGGUCGUUAACCUAAAUAUGCAUAACAUAUUAUAGCUGAUUUCAUUAGCUUAACCUACCAAGUAGAUUGAUAUUUUGUUUUGUUGGUUACAUUAUUUUUCACUGAGAGAUUUUAAAACCUGGAGACGCCUUCUCUGUAAUUUUCUGUACAAAACAGUCUGCCGAUUUUUGCGAGGGAGGGGCACGUCAAAUGUAUGGCUAUUGGUAUUUGUACGUAACGUACGAUAACGGCUGUCAUCUCGAUACAAUUUAUACAAGCUCGAUAUAAGUAUGGAAGAUAGAGGCAAGGAACAGAAUCUCCUUAAGCAUAACUGUUGCAAGUGUCCAGCUGUCAGCUAUAAAUAAUAGUUCCAAAUCUCUCAAGAGUAGCGCUAGAGUAGCUAAGAACCUAGACGUUGUUGACGGAGUGAAGUGCGCUGUCUAGGAUUAGAUUUUUUUAUCAAGUAUUCUAGGUAUUGUAGCGCCACCUAUUUAUAGUGCUUGUCGGACACUUUUUGGUAUAUGGAGAUUCUGUUCCUUGCCUCUACCUUCCAUAGAUACAAACUUAUAACCAUAGAGAUAUAGUAUUCUAGGCCGAUGCUUGAAACUGCUUGAAACGCAAAAUAUAUAUGGAGGGUAGAGGUAAGGAGAACCUUCUAUUACAGGAGAACUGUUGCUAAAGUGUCCAGCUGGAAGCUGUAAAUUAUAGUUCGAAAUCUUUCCGGCGGUGCUAGGAUAGCACAAGUACGUGACUCGUAGACGUUAUUGACGGAGUAAAGUGUGCUGUCAGUGAUUUGAAUUUUUUUAUCAGAGUCAAAAAUUUGUUUGCGAUGUAUUGUGGGGCCACCUAUUUAAGGGUUUUUGAUGGACAUUUUUCAUACACAUAGAUUAUUCUCCUUACCUCUAUCCUCCUUAGUUAGCCAUUAAUUAUGACGUUGCCACACUUUAUCAUUGCAAAUGCCACGCAGACGCAGAGCAUGGUCGUGGCUUGGUCUGACUCUAUGAAUAUAGUAAAAAGGUCAGAACUCAAAGCAUUUACCUCUUUCCGAUCUUUCAAACUUCUGUAAAUUAAGAAGAAUAUUUUGACAGACAGUUUACAGAAAUAUUGUGACAGUCACUAAAUGUUAUUCGUAGCUUCUUGAUUAUAUAACCGCUGUUUCUACAUUGGUUAACAUGUCUCCCCCUGAAACAAGCUCUGGCGCAUCAUCGCUUCCUUCACUAACAAUCAAAGCAACAGGACAAGCUGCGAAAGAUUAUAACUUUGUUGCUGCAAGAGGCCCUAUCAAAACAACCAAUGUUAUAGAAUCCAUCGGUCAUCUAGUCAAGAGUUGUCUUGGAGGGGGUGUGGUGGGUAUCCACGAGGCCUACAAAGGAUGCGGGUUGAUUUCUGCGCUCAUCUUAAACGUAUUUCUGGGCUUAUUUGUUGGAUAUUGCAUGCAUAUGCUAGUCCAUAACGCACAAAUCAUGUAUGGAAGGUUACAAAUCCCCAGCAUGUCGUAUCCGGACAUCGCGGAGGCCACGCUCGCCACCGGCCCAUUCAUAAAGAUGAGGAGACUUGCGAGACCCUUCAGAUAUGCAGUAGACGCAACAAUAGGAAUCGACUUAUUCGGGUCCUGCUGUGUCUACAGUGUGAUCAUAUCGCGAUCGAUCAAGCAACUCCUCGAAGAAUCCAAAACAGUCGACUACAUCAACAUUCGAAUCCUCAUCGCGUGUCUUUUCAUACCCUGCAUACUUAUAUGCUGGAUCACACAGCUCAAGUACCUCGCUCCGUUUUCUAUAGUAGCUGAUAUCUUUCUUGUGAUCGUGGCCAUUUCCACGGUAUAUUACGGCUCGACGGCAGCAACCAAGUCCCCCGCAGACUUUCCAGUGUUUAAGAGCUUCGAAGGUUUCCUUGAGUUCGUUGGGGUGUGUGUGUUCAGUAUGGAGGGCGUCGGAGUUUCCAUGCCGAUCGAAAACCAUAUGGCUAAUCCACAUAAAUUCCCGCUGGUGCUGUUUGGAGGAAUGGGUAUCGUGGUUGGUAUUGUGAUGAUCAUCGGCUUCUUUGGCUAUUGGGGUUACGGAGAAUCUUCCGUGGCUCCCAUCACCAAUAACUUCCCUUGGGCUAUAUUCCCCAUAAUCCUCAAGGUCCUCAUGGCCCUCAUGAUAUACGUGACCUUCGCCCUGAACUUCUGGGUGCCGUUUGAUCUGGUUUGGUACUACUUGAAGAGGAAGCACCCAGAGAACAAGCUGUGGUUCUGGGAGAGGCUGUACAGGACCAUCAUGGUCAUCAUCAUCAUACUCAUCGCUAUUGCCUUCCCUGACGUCUCGAGUUUCAUGGGAUUUCUAGGCUGUUUCUGCUUAUCCCUCAUGGGCUUCAUAUUCCCCGCCUUCAUCGAGCUGUGCGUCGUGUGGGAGGACCCUGGUCUAGGCUUCAUGAAGUGGCGUCUCGUCAAAGCCUGCGCCAUCAUAAUCUUUGGCAUCUUGCUCUGUAUCAUGGGCACUAUCACUAAUAUUAAAGGUUUGAUUAGGGCUGCGAUGUCGAGUGAUAAUAAACCGACGACAACGACUCCUGCGCCGUAAAUGCACAUGGGCAUUGUGCAAGAUGCGGAAAGUUUCCAAAAAUUUCGAUUUAUUCUAAGAAAUUUCACAGAGAACAAAGGAAAAUUUAAUUUUGGGAAUGAAAAAUGUUGAUCCCCAUACAGAAAUGUGAAGGUGUCAAAAUUUUUCUAAGUGGAAAUUUCGCAAUUAUUGGAAAUUUUCCAUCAACUAUAGCUAUUAUGUACCUGGCAGUUACAAAUACGUACCAUUUACUUUGGAGAAACUAGAAUAUGUGUUAUUUCUACUCAAUCACUAGGACUAUUAUUUGAAAAAAGUAAAAGUAAAAGCAAAAAUUAAUCUAGAAUCUUAGGCCACUGUUUGUUUUAAUAGAUGGUACUUGUGAUCCUUAGUAGAAAUAGCCCAAAAUUUGAUAGUUUAAAAAAAUGGUAUACCUAUAUACUAUGUCGAGCUACGAGUUAAGCCUGCGAUGACGCAUGGUAGGAUUUUUAACGCCUGUCACUUUCGCACUUACUUGUUAGAACGUGACAGGCAUGGUGACCGGCGAUAGAAAUGCGACCAUGCAACCACUGGGCCUAUGAAGCUCGAAUCGGACCAAGCUAACCAAGCUGCAUGGCAUUGGCAAUGACAAAGUGUAGCAAAGUGUUGUAUUUAUAGAAAAAUAUUAUAUUUAUAAUAACACUUUCCCACUUUGCUAUGUUUCAGUCGGUGGAAAGUUAGCCUAAAUGGACUCUAAGAGUCAACAUGUAGCAAAAGUAAUCCAUCUGUAACAGUGAGUGCCCAUAUACAUAAUAUGUAUUUUAUUAUGAAUGUCCCAGUCUAGCAAAUAGGAACACUAUUCAAUAAACCUAUACGCUGUCGUAUCGUAUUUCUGUAUUUGUACAUGUGUUUUAUUUUAUAGGUUUAUUGUAUUAUAUUUUGUGAAUGUUUCUUUAAUGGUAGAUUUUUGAUUAAAUUAUUUUAGUUCUAUUAAA